GCCGGUCAUGGCCUCUUAAUGAGAUGCAAGAGUCCGGACUAACUAAGUUAGCCCCAGUUUGUUGAGUUGGGAUCAACCUCGAUGAGUUGUUUUUUGACAUCUCUAGCUACAUGUCCCUUUUAAGUAUCAGAAAAUAUGGAAAUACUUCAAUUUGAAGGCAUCCGUAUUUGUUCUCGCAAGCAAAAGCAACAGCAGCUUCCACUUUUUAUUUAAAGGUUCUUCAUCCAUUUCUGUGCUUCUUCCCCUGCCCAUCACAAGGCUCAAGGUAUAUAUUAAAGCUACAAACUUUGUCUGAAAGCUCACACGAAGGUGCAUGAUCAAUAUUUCAGUUAAUGUAUUUCUUGAUUAGUUUUACAUUUGAAACUUCAAAAAUAAGAUGAGGAUUAGAGCAAGGAUGAAGAAUUUGCUCUCGUUGAAGAAAGUGAACCAAUCCAAUACUACGCACCCUACAAAUGUGGAUGUUCGGGAAGAAUAUGCUAAUGCCUUCCGCACGGAAUCAUACAACGAGUUUUGGAAGCGUGUCCUAGCAUUGAACGUGGCAGAAUCCGCCACGAACAGAACUAUGGGGUCGACUACAGCUGAUCGGCUCCCAUCCUAUAGGCUAUUUGCAGAGCAUCUCCUGGAUCCAGAUCAACCCACCAUUAAUCGGGUUCUUGCUUCAUUAGCCAGAAAUUGCCCAGAAAAUCACACCCUCUUAUCGGACUAUUUCUCAGAAACCACCGAUGCUUCAAUCCUGUGUGGCCUCCUUUUAAAGGACAUAGACCAUACUCGUGCCAACUACCGCUCCCUUAAAAGAACCAUAAACACUCUCGAAACCACCCAUUUAUCACGAGCAUCAAUGCUACUCACACCGCAUUUAGAUACUACAUUUUUUACUUCAGAAGCACAAGUGUUAUGUGGUGUCACUAAACUUUCUCAUUUAUCACUGGUGAACAACUUUCCUGUCAUAUUGACCCGAUUAACAAAAUUCUUCAACUCCGUCAACCCAUUUGCCUCUACGGCUGCAUCGCAACUCCGAUUUCGAGCCGUAAAAGCCGGCUGCACCCAGUUACUCAAACGGCUUGAGUCAAGCCGCGAUGAGGCUCGAGCCAAAUUGCGUGUAAUCCAGAAAGUAAAGCUUGGCUCGGCUAUUUUUCUCGUGGCUUUCACCGUUUCGUUGACAGCCAUCAUUGUUUUUCAUGCUUUAGCCUUGACGGUGGCAGUGCCGGGUCUCAUAGCGGCUUCGCUUGAGUUGGCUUCAGCCAGAAAGCUAGUUAGGUUUUCGGCUCAGCUCGAUGCAGCCGCCAAGGGGGCUUAUACACUGAACAGGGACUUGGAUACGACAAGCAGGCUGGUGGCUCGGCUUCACGAUGAGCUGGAGCAUGUGCGAGCCAUGGUCGGGUUUUGGCUUGAGCAGGGAGAGGAGCGGCUCCAAGCCAAAGGAGAAGUGGCGCGCCAGCUGAAAAUGAAUAACUCCAGCUUUAGGGAACAGCUAGAUGAGCUGGAGGAGCAUUUGUAUUUGUGCUUGAUGACUAUCAAUAGGGCCCGAAACCUAGUGGUAAAGGAAAUUCUGGAUCCGGGUAAAUCCGGCCCGGCUCUCAAUUUGUUGUCAACGUAAACUACCAUAUGUCUUUCUCCAAUUUCGUUUCUGCAAUGCUGCUAACACAGAUUUAAUCGAAAUAAUUCGAUAUAUGUAAAUCCUACCCGUUAGACGUGAA